CGGCGACAGGCGGGCGUUGCCUCCGCCGCCCCGGCAAGGGGAUGCGGCUUCCGAGCGGAGCGUCGGGCCGCCAUGUCGGUGUGCAAUAUCUGCGGGCGGCUGCUGCCCUCAGAAGCGGCGGCGCGGCGUCACGCGAAUCGCGCCCACCCGGACAAACAGCCUCGCUGCCCGCUCUGCAGCGCCUCCGCCACAGGCUACGAGGAGCUGCGCCGGCACGUGGAGGCCGCACACACGGAGCCACAGCCCCGCGCCCGCAGCCCCGAGAUCGGGUGCCCAUUCUGCGGGGAGGCGGCGGGGGGACAGCUGGAGGAGCACGUCAGGGCCAGGCACGGGCGGCUGCUCGGCGCAGAUACAGAGAGCAUUGAACAGCUUUAUGAAUGUCCAAUAUGUGGUCUUACCUGUACAAACAUUCAAAUUCUCGAGGAACAUGUGGAUUUACACUUAGAGGAGCACAGCUUUCCGGAAGGUGGAGGCAGUGGAGAUUUGGAACUGGCUCAACAGCUUCAAACUGAAGAAGAUAAACAGCGGAGAUUUGAAGAAGAGAAGCGAGAGAAAGAAGAAUUUAAAAAGCUACAGAGACAGUAUGGCAUGGAUAGUUCUGGAGGCUACAAGAAGCAAUUCCUAAAUAAUAUGGAAAGAGAAGUUAAUAGAGGAAGGAUGCAGCCCUUUGAAUAUCACAAAAGGAAAGCUGACAUGAUGGAAUGUUUGGCUUUUGGUAUAGAUGAUGGGAAAACAAAAACCUCAGGAAUCACUGAGGCAUUGUGCAAGUACUACCAGAAUGAAAACAAAGACGUGAGGCGUGUAUGGCUUUCAGCAGGAGUAGAUCACUUCCACUCAUCUUUGGGUGACAAAGGCUGGGGUUGUGGUUACAGGAAUUUCCAAAUGCUCCUUUCCUCACUCUUGCAAAACAGCUUGUAUAAUGACUGCUUGAGAGAUACUGCACUAAUUCCUAGCAUACCAAAGAUUCAGUCCAUGAUUGAAGAUGCUUGGAAAGAAGGUUUUGAUCCUCAUGGGGCAUCUCACUUCAACAACCGAUUAUGUGGUACAAAGGCGUGGAUAGGAGCAUGUGAAAUUUACUCACUGUUAACCAGUCUCAGGAUAAAGUGCCAAAUUAUUGACUUUCACAAACCAACUGGUCCCGCGGGUACACACCCUCGUUUAUUUGAGUGGAUUUUACGUUACUAUUCUACGGAUAAUGAAGGUGCUGCAAAGGUAGUGUGCACUUCCAGGCCACCUAUCUACUUGCAACAUCAAGGUCAUAGCCGUACUGUUGUAGGCAUCGAAGAAAAGAAGAAUAAAGCCUUAUGUUUGCUACUAUUUGAUCCUGGAUGUCCUUCUCAAGAAAUGCAGAAACUGCUAAAACUUAGCAGUGAUGGCGCUGGUCUCAAACUACUUCGAAAGUUUAUGGGUAGCUUAAAAGAAAAGCAAUACCAGAUAGUCGCUGUAGAUGGCAUCCUCACAUUGGAAGAGAAAACUGCUCGCUGUCUGGCUUCUCGGAUCUUAACAUCAGAGAAGAUUCCCUAAAGGAUUUCUUCACUGCCUUUAACAAUCUGCUGGAUGCAAAACAUUGAACUACUGGACUGUGACUCUAACUAACUUAAUGAUUCCUGGACUUACAUCUAGGGGCUUAGAGAAGUGCAACAUCAGAUUUAAGCCUGUAGUUUUAGUCUGGAGUCAAAACACUUCUCUGGGGGUGAAGUGUAACUCUUCAGUAUUAGCUUCUUAGUUGCUUAAAUGAUGAAGUAACACCCACUGUUCUGUAGCAAGCUAUGUACUAUUGUUAAUUCUCAACAAGCAGCAGGUAAAGAUACUAUGAAACUAAUUCAUUUUUGGAGUGCCUGGUCAAUUUUAUCUUUCUAAGUACAAUUAUACUCAUUCUAUUGCUGAUGUUCCACCUCUUGUAAAAUUUGAUUGAGAAAUAUCUUUUAUAUCUCAGCAACUUCUCCAGCAACUAUUUGUUAAGUACUGAAGCAAUUCAGUGUUUUCACCUGGCAUGAUCUGUUUCAUCAGGGAUUCAUUUACUACUGUACUUCCUUUUAGUUGUCUGCCUUCUCAUGGUGCUCCCCUUGCUAGCAAAAAUGCACUUAUUGAAGUGGGCCAGUGUUAGUAAUGGGGCAUGAGGAGGCUGUAAUGUACAGCAUGGGGAUUUUUUGCUCCAGGGCUGUGUAUGAAACAAACCAUUAGAGUGUGGAAAUAAUAAUAAUUUAAAAAAAAGUGAAUAAAUAUAUAUUUUUUAAUUAA